AGCUUGACAUACUUCGGCUUUGAUAGCGUCUACACAACCUUCUACACUAGUACUACUAUAACCUAUACACCCUACAAAUCCACAACAAGAUGGUUCAAGGUCGAUGGGGUCACAAGGCCGUUUACGUGCCGACUACCAACAUGGUCUAUGUCGUCGGGGGAGAGAUCUCGGAUAGGAACGGCGGUCCGCUAAAGAUUACUAACGAGGUCUUGCAGCUCAAUCUGUCGCAAAGCAACCCUUCGCCCGAGACCCUCGUCACUUCGUCACUCCUCCCGACGGCGUUUCAUUCCCUCGCCUACGCGCCCUUGACCAACCAGCUCGUCAGUUUCGGCGGGAUGACCUCGUCCUGCAGGACCGACUCGAUUUUGCACUCGCUUGAUCUCGAUAACACGAGCGGAAACUUGACCUGGACGUCCGAGACCAGCUCUGGGUUGUUGAGGAGGCGAGGCGCAGGGAUGGUUCAUCUCGAAGCGACCGUGGGAGAGGCCGAGGGAAAGCUGAUGGUCUUUGGAGGAGCCGUGGACCAAUACGUUUGCUCUUCCACUUCCAGCUACUACUCGGCCUUUGACGUCAUUCCUUACCCCUUGAGCGACGCCGCCGUGCAUAACAGCGACAAGAUGGCCGCCUCGUCUUCUUCCCCUAUCGGCGUAUCGGAUUUCGCCAUGACCGCCCUGGCCAACGAUACCGUCCUCUUUGUCGGAGGAACCGAUGUCAACGGAGACAUGGUCAAGAUGGACAAGUUGACCGCUUGGAGCAAUGAACAGGAUUGGUACAGCCUGAACUUGAUGGGAGAGAUUCCGGAAGCUAGGGUUGGGGCUUCCAUGGUCGCCCAUCCGACUUUGAAGGACCUGGUUAUCCUUCACGGCGGAGCCAUCCAAGACGGAGCCAGUACCUCUGCGACCGCCUCCAUCUCGCUCCUCAACCUGACCACCCUGACCUGGUCUUCUCCCUACAACGUUCAGCCGGCUCGUCAAGACGCCCGAGCUUGGCACUCCGACAUCAUCACGUCCUCGGGCGUGCUCGUCUCGGCUUUCGGUAUCGGCGCGGGCAACAAUUCUCAUUCUGAAGUCAACUACCUCGACAUGAGGGAUUCGAACGUUGCAAACUGGGGAUGGAAGCGAACUUGGACGACGAACAUGUUGAACAGCAACCCUGCAUCUGGUCCGGCUACGGGUCCGACUUCCGGGACCACCAGCCCUGGAUCCGGGUCCGCUGCGAAUGUCAAGGUUCCUUCGACUUCGAGCAACGUUGCAGAUGCGGAGGAGAAUGGAGACGAUGGUAGUCUGAAAAAGAUCCUCCCUCCCACCUUGAUCAUCGGUCUUGUCCUCCUCGGAUUGCUCGUCUGGCUGGCUCGCCGCCAAGUCAACAUCGUCCGUCGUCGUCGACUGGCUCGACACUUUGAGAUCGACAACACCCAUGACGAGGAGGGGAAUCGCAGGGCGAGCCUCUUCGAGCCUGUCACCCAGUUCAUGGCCAAGAGGGGCUGGAACCGUUCGUCCCCCUUUGCCGGUCUUCCUCGACCUUUUGGUGGGGUAAGAAUCCCUGAUGGCGAUGAGACCGAAACUGCCGGAUGGCAAUCUAGCUUGGCGGGAGUGGUCGGAAGGUUGACUGGCAAGAACCAGGCACAGGCCAACUCUUCCAGCGAGAUGCGUCAGGUCGACGGUCGCAACGUCUCUCGAACUCAAUGGGAAGAGAUCGACUUUGGUCUCGGCCGGGUUGAUGAGCAGCGAAGGAGCUCUGUUGGACCCACGCGACCCGGUACACCUGGUCGUCCAUCCGAAGACACUUCUCGACAGAUCCCCGCCCGGGAGUUCAACAAGAAUCGAAGUCGAGUCAGCUUCCCUCCCGACAACGAACCCGUCGACCCGGCAUACUUGCCCGCUCUCGUUGUCGUCCCGCCUUCUAACCCUUCGACUCCGAACAGCGAGCCUAGGGCAGGAGACCCUUUUGCCGACUAUCCCGUUCUGAUGCCUUCGCCCAGGAUUCAUGAGACCAUUUCUGAAAAGCCCGAGGUUGACCCCAAGACCCGCGCCGAGUGGGACGAGUUGGAGCGCGAAGUCGAGACGGCGCAACCCUUCCGUCGAUCUGGAACCGUUUCUAGCACUCACUCUGCCGGAUCUACCGGCUCAAAGGAGAUCGAGCCUCUGCCCCGUUUGUCGUUCGAGCAAAAGACGUCGAGCGAGUUUGUAAACAGCCUCAGCUCGUACGGCAUCGGUCUCGGCAAACCCAUCACCCGUCGAGCUUCUGGGAACGACAGCGUCGGGAACGCGAUCGCUGGCCGAAGCGUCUCCUCGCCCUCGUCCCACUCACCUCCUCGUGACUACAACUCGGCCGCGACAGUAGGCUACUCGCCCAGCUACGUCCGCGAUCUGAUAACCGGGCACGCUCAGUCUCCGGCUAGAAUUCCGCGCUCUGGCGAACUGAGCAGGUCGUCCACCAUGUCGGAUCGCCCUCACUCGUCGGUCAACCUGUUCAACAAGUAUCAGUCCAACGACAGCGACUCGUCAUUGUCCCUGGCCGACUACCGCAUGGACGGUGCUCCCGUUCGGGUUCAGCGCUUGUCGAACCCGCCUCGAUUCCCCCCUCCUACCUCUCCUUUGCCUCAAGCUCCCUCGACCGGGGUCAGCCGACGGGUCUCCACCUCGGAUGCCCUUGAGCGAUCCAGCGACAACGUCGGCACUUUGGCUCGACCCGCAGGCGAAGUCCGUCAACUCCGAGUGGUCAACGCUACGCCUCGACCUGACGAGGUGGACGAGUUUGGAUCCAAGGCCUAGUUGACGUGAUCGAGUCUUUUUCUUCGGUGGCUGGAACACCUGUAACACUUUUUCUUUUCGCUCGAUGGCAAACAUCUCGAUAUCACAUAAUACCCAUGUUUGAUACACCCAGUGCUAGAUCGUCUCAAGCUCUUGUCGAGCUUCGUCCCCGC